AUGACCAGGACGGCUAGCCGAUCGUCCAACGGUACCAUGAAUGGCAUGCAACAGUCCUUUGAUUGGAUGUCCUUAGACGAUCAAAGCGACACGCUAUCAAUAGGUGAACGAUGCGACUAUCGCGACUAUAAUAAUAGGGAUUUUGGUAGAUCUCCACGUCAAUUUCCUCCUUUUCCCACUAUGGGUACGACAUCAACGAUGUCUACUGCUCCUUCGGCGGAUUCGAUUCCGCCACGGUCAUCUCGAUCUUCAAGUCCACCGACUCAAAAGCGGCAGCUCUUCUCAACGAAUACGGGUCCCAAAAAAUCCACUAAUACAGGAGGAUGGGCUAAAGAAGCCCCUAAACAGCCACUAUCUGCUCCGGAUAACAAGCAGCUGAAAAAAGACUCACCGACGAUUUUCAAGCUCAUUCAGGGCUAUAUGGGGGAUCGAAAGAGUAAAACGCCGAUUGAUCAGUUAGCGUUAAGCCUUUGUGAGCUUGGUCUGUCGAAACAGGAAUGUGCCGAUGAGGCAGUAGCUCAACUUAUGCAACAGCUUACCGAUAACGAACGACCUGACAGUGUCAGGCGUGGAUGGGAGCUGUUGGCAAUAUUUUUGAGCUUUGUCAUGCCGUCAGAGAAGGAAGCAGCCUUGUUAUCGGAAUUCAUUGAUAGGAACUCUGAGAAACUCUUUGACAGACCUGAGGUCGCUGUGUCUCAUUUUGCCCAGCAAUGCGCUAAGCGCAUGUCAAAAUCACAACCUCGAAUGAAGCCAACACUUGCAGGUGUACAAGAAGCAAGGGUCCACAUUUUCAAUCCGCCACAGUUUUCUGCUUCGCUUUUCGAGCUGAUGGAAAUGCAAGCUGAACGGUUUCCUGAGCGGCGAUUACCAUGGAUUGAAACCACUCUCAUUGAGCUUCUCUAUGGAUCAGGGGCGACGAGAACAGAAGGACUCUUCAGAGUACCUGCUGAUCCGGAUCAACUGAUGACCGCUAAAGCUCGAUUGGAUAUGUUUGUUCCACCUGUGGUACAUGAUCCGCACGUACCAGCCGGAUUAUUGAAAUUGUGGUUACGCCAACUUCCCGAACCCCUCAUCCCGCAUGCAUUUUAUCAGCGUGCUCUUGCUGCGUCAGAAAAUCCCGUUGAAGUUACACGGCUGGUUCAAGUGUUACCCACUACAAACCAACUGGUAUUGGGAAAACUGAUUUCUUUCUUGCAGGAUCUUUCACGCGAGGAAGUUGUUGCUCACACCAAAAUGGAUGUCUCUAAUCUUGCUAUGGUGAUGGCUCCCAAUGUGCUCAGAUGUGAAAGCGAAGAUCCACGUGUGAUUUUUGAGAACACUCGACGUGAAAUGACUUUUCUAAAAACGCUGAUAACUAGUUACGAUACCUCCUUCAUGCAGGGUAUCAUCUAG